UCGUUUCGAACUGGGGCAUACGAAUCGAUCAAACCGAAACGCCAGCUAGCCCGAUUCGCCUGAGCCCAGCCCAAGCUAGGGUUUCCUCCGCCGCGCCGGCGCUUGGCCACAACCCCCAGCCGCCGCCAUGUACAACGGCAUAGGGCUGCAGACCCCUCGGGGGUCCGGCACGAGCGGGCACGUCCAGGCGAGCAAGUUCCUCGCCAAGCCCCGGCCGUCCUCCUCCGCGGUCGGCGGCGGCGGGACCCCCGACCUGCCGCGCACCGGCUCCGGCCUCGAAGGGAUGCGGAAGCCGAACAAGGACAUCCUGGAGCACGACCGGAAGCGGCAGGUGGAGCUGCGGCUGCUCGUGCUGAGGGACGCGCUCGAGGAGCAAGGGUACACGGAGGCCGAGAUCGAGGUGCGCGUCGAGGAGGAGCGCAAGGCCGCCGAGACCGAGGCGGCGGCGGAGGAAGGCCGGCCUGCUGCCCAGGGCAAAGGGUUCAGGGACACGCAUGGUCACCAUGCCGCAGCGCGGAAGGAGAACCAGCUGCAGACUAUGAGGGGUGCUCUUGGGCUAGAUCCUGAGGAUGUGCAGAAGAAAGGGGGGCUUUAGAAAGUGAUGUGGAGCCUGGAGAGCUUGUUCCAAUGAAGCAGGGGACGAUGACUAUGAAACGACUAGCAGCAAGACCUGUAGGAAGGGUAAAGCAUGAAUGUAAUUUAGAUGCAGACAAUGAUCUUGACAUCAAGAAGACGGAGAUGUAGGAGAGUUGGGUCUUUGUGUACUUACAUGAGACCUAGAACGCACCUAAAUAGGAUUACUGCUACCUGAAACAAAAAAUGGCAGUAGUAUGCAGUUGUUCCAAAUCAGUGAGAAGAGGUCACCUGGGUGUAUAUACAUCUUCCAUCUUUUUAAUUUUAGCAACUCGUGAGAAAGUAAAGCCUGGUCUCAAAAUUCACAUUUUA